GCCGCGUGCGCGUACGUGUGUUAAUCGAGCGAUAUCGUAUACGAAUUUAAAAUGUUACAAAGCGGCAUCGCUGCGGCUGCCGCUCAUCGCUGGAUGUUGCCACUUUUGGGAUUAUGCCUAAUCAGUCUAGGAUUGCGCUGUGAUGCGCGUGCCGUAAAUGUAAGCAACACUUGGACAAUGCCCCAGGAGGGUUUAAACGUAUUCUAUAGAUUCUUUCGUGAUCGCAUCUCUUGGUUUGAGGCAGAUGCCGUUUGUCAGUUUCAUCAUGCCAAUCUGGUGACAGUUGACAACAGUUUUCAAUUCGAUGCAACACGCGACCUGCUAAGGGAAUUGGAUGUAAACGACAUCGUUUGGAUUGGACUCAUGCGACCGCAGAAUUCGGAUCGUUUUAUGUGGUCGAAUUCCCGUCCUUUGGUUACGGAUACUGGCUACUGGGCCGAAUCGUUGCCCUUAAUGGAUGCCCCAUUGUGCGCUGUUAUCGAUCCCAUACGUGAUUAUCGCUGGCAUGCUUUGCGCUGUGGAGGUCCUGAGACAGCUUCAUUUCUAUGCGAAAUGCCGGUGCCCAGCUGGGCAGAUGCCUGCAUUCUCAAGGAUAUGCCCAAUCUAACAAUGCAAUAUAUGGCAGAUACGGCCAGCAUUGAGUUAAUACGAAAUUGCCAAGAGGAGGGACUACUGCGACACACUUGCAAGGGCAAAGAGGAUCGCGAACGUGCCAUUCGUCAAUUGAUAUGCCCCAAGGAACGCCUGGAGGCUCAACGUAUAACCGAUAUGACAAAUUCACAUUUCAAAUCGCUUCAAAUCAUCCAGAAUAUACGUACCGAUAAUAAUGAGAAUAAUGAUAUUGAUCUACUGCCAUUGCAACCCAAUUACAAUCGUGGCGGUAAUCUUGAAAUUGCUGUAGCCCCACCGCCAAGUUCAUUGGGUGGCGUUACCUUUGGUAUACCUCAUGAAGUGCCACGUCCAGUUAAGAAAUCAGGACCAAGGCAGCCACCACCAGAACAUAUUGAUAUCAUGAGCAUUAUGAUGGGUGAUCAACCGGCUUUAAGUAUGGAACAAUUGCCAGAUAGUGGAGCUGAUGUAUCGAAUGAGAUUUUCGAACAUUUGCCACAUAAAAAGAAAAUAUUGCAACAAGAUCUAAAGACAAUGCCAAGUAUUCAUGAGGCAACUACCAUAAGCUUUGCAGCAACACCAAAAACCACUCCAAAAUCAACUCCGAAGUCAACUCCAAAAACCACAACCACAACAACAACAACAACAACCACUGGGCCAUUGUUAUUAGUCAGCACAACUGGGGCAUCACAGCAUACAACUCAUGUGAUUGAAUCGGCGGAUAAUUCACAUUUCAUUCCACCCAUGCUAAUGGUAAAAUCACAUUAUAUACCACCAGCCAAACAUGGUGAACAUGGAGAGCAUAGCGAGCAUAUUGAACAUUUACUGGCAACGUCCUCAACAACGACAACCACAACAACAACAGCAGCACCAGCAGGAACAACAACAACUACAACAACAAAACGAACAGCUAAUGAUAAGACAACAACAGAAAAAUCUGUAACAGAUGCAGCAGCAGCAGCAGCAGCAACAAAAACUACCACAAUUGCAGUAGCAAAAACAUCAACAGCUAAGCCAGCAACAACAACAACAAUUGCCACAACAACCACAACAUCAGCGGCCGCAACAACAACAGCAGCACCAAAAACAACAACUUUGGUAAUAACAGAAAAACCAACAUCAACCGUGGCCACUGAUACAACUGUGACAACUGUCAAAUCAGAUGUCCAAGAAACUACAUCAGCAACAACAUUAGAAACAGCAACAACAACAACAACAGCAGCAGCAGCAGCAGCAGCAGCAGUAAUAGCACCAGCAACAGUAACUAAUGGAGCAGCCAAUGAUUUGAAAUUGAAUUCCACAACUACUACGACUACUACAACUACGGCUGCAACAUCAAGCGCUACAGGAGCAACAGCAACAUCUUCACCUUCAUCAGCAACUUUAUCAGUUACAUCAUCAACAACAUCAUCGCCAGUUAUAGCAGCGACGACACAAGCAAUAGUAACUAUCAAGGCCAAGGAGACAGCAACAACAUUGGUGACUGAAACGGAACAGGAAGUGGCAAGCACCACAGCAAUACCAAAGGCAACAGCAACACCAACACCAACAACAACAACAACAACAACAGCAGCACCAGCACCAGCAACAACCACAACACGACGCAACUUCCUUCAAGAGGAAACUGAGGCGCCAUUUAAACCAAAUCGACGACGCUCGCUAACAAAACCGGAAACUGUUAGCUAUUUCAAGAAGAUCUUGGGCUAAAGCUAGUACCCAGUUAAAACACACACAGACACACACAUUUCCGUUACAUAACCGCACACUUCCCGUCACCCCGUAACCCCGUCAACACAUCAACGUGCUUCUCCUUCACCUUCACCUCCUCCUACUGCUGCCGUUGUCACUUCUCUUCGAAAAUGCAGCAAGUAAUUGCUUACGCAAAAUCAAAGCUGCAUUUGAAUGUGAACGAAUCUGUAAACGAAUCCAAUUCAAGUUGGCUUUCUCUUCUGUUUCAAAAGUUUGUAAAACUUGGCAACCCCCCCUUCUCCACACACACACACACACAAACACACUACGUUCUCGAUACACCAACUUGUAACUCAUGCUUAACAGCGGGUUAAAACCCGCAGCUCAAAACAAAAAAAGGCGAACAACGCAGUGAGGAGGAAGCGAAAUAGAAAGCGCCGACAGUUUCAACCAAAAAUAUGUCAAUUUUUCACCCCCUCCGCCGCCCCUUAAACCACCUUCCCAAAAACAUUAGCAUCAUAUGUAGUAAGUCUGUCAAUAGGCAAAAAAAAAAAAAACAAGCGAAAGUCGCUUUACAAAAGAAGGAGUUGAAAAUGGAGAUAAAAAAUAUGGACAGCACAUACCAAAGGCCAAAUCUACAAAAAUAAACACACAAAUCUAUAGAGAUGAAAGGAAACAAAUAAAAGAAAGAAAUAAAAGUAACAAUUUAGACUCUUAAGUACGCGUACAUACAUAAAAUGUGUUUUGAUUUUCGUUUAUAUUGAAGAAAAGCCCAAAAAGAGCAAACAAUACGCCCUGUUAGCCAGUCCUUAAAAGCCCUCAAUCCGUUCUUAGACGCACUCGUAGAAACUAGAAGAGGCAAAGGCCAUUGAUUAACCAAUCGAUUUCUUUCUCCAAAGGAAUUCUGGGCAAACUAGAAAGAGAGACAAAACAUCUAUUUAAUAUUCCAAUGCCACAAAAUCUUUCAUUAUAAACGAAAUUCAAAGCACGUUAGCAAAAAAAAAAAAAAAAAAAAAAAAUAAAUAAAUAGAUGAUAUUAAUUUUUUUUUCUUAACUUUGUUUUGUGUCUGUCAAAUAGUGAAAUACAAUAUACAAUGUAAGUGAGCGACAGAGAGCGAAAUAAAGGAGAUAAAAUUUUUGUCAAAACAAGAAAAAAAUGUGCAAAAGAAUUUAGAUUAUAACCAAAAAAAAAAACAACAAAAUUUAAUGAAAUGGAAAGUCAAGCCAGUCAAAAGCAAGGACAUACAGCAAAAAAGUAAGUAAAAAAAAAACUGAACAAAAGCCAAGCGAAAAGAAGCACUUAAAAUUAAGUUAAAAUUAAAGAGAAAAACCAAGCACUUAAAAAUAUUCCCUCUUCCCCCUCAAAAGAAAGCCCGUUUGUCCCCCCCACACGCACUUCAUAUAGUGAAUUAUUUAUAACUAUAUAUAUAAUAUAUAUCGUCGUACUUGAAAUCAGUUUGAAUCCAACUUAAAAAGCAAGAUUAAAGUGUAAUGCAAAAAAAAAAAAAAAAACGGCAAACAACUUAAUUGAAAUGAGUAAACGAAUAAAACUUUCCCAAAACA